ACGAAUUUUAACGACGUUAAUAAAACCGUCUAAAACGACUUCACUCCGCCCCUCUUUCUCCCUCCCCUGAAACAAAAGAGAAAAAAAAAAGAAAGAGCAGCAUAUUAGUCUCCUCUCCCUUUUUUAACCUCUUUCUCUCAAAACACUCGGCUUUCUAUUUCCAAUACGCCGUCGUAUUUCGGAUCUCAAGCAGUAAGCAAAGAAUACAUGGCUGGUGGCUUUACUUCUAGGGUAAUGCUGAUGGUAAUGUUGGUUGAGUUUGUUUUCCAGAUCAUGUGAAUGAUGGUUGUUUGAAUACUGUUAGAGAAUUAGUUUUUAGUGUGGUGGAUCAUGGGGGCUGCUUGUUGUGUUGCUGCUGGAGACAAAACUAUAGUAAAUGGAUCAGGUAGUGAGGUUUUACAUAGGAAUAUAAGGUAUUCACCGACGUGGAGUGUUCAUUGGGAUAAUCGAGGGCAUGUAGCAGGUGAAGACACUUCUAUAAGUUGGUUUUCGGAUGCAAUUAAUCAGAAUGAUGGAUCAGAGAUCAAAUAUGAAUCGGCAUGUGCAUCAGUGGAUCAAAGCCUGUCUGAGAGUUUUCAGUCUCGUACAUGGCAAAAGUCCCCAACUUCUGAAGGAACUGAUGGACAAGUGAGAACUCCCGCUUCAGAUCAAUCUAUUUCAAGAAAUGUCUCUAUUGAUGUGAACUUAGUGCAGGUGAAGGAAUCGGUAGAAUCCCCUGCAGCCCCAUCUCCCUCAAAGUUAUCACUUUCUUUGCCAUCUGCCUCCUCAGCAACAUCGCCUUUGUCAUCCCAGGGUCAUGUGCAUCCUACCAGUUCAACUACAACAAGGUGGCUUCUCAGAUCUCCUGGACAUCAUCUAUUGCGUCAAGUAUCUGAUAACCGAAUUUUGGGGUCAAAGUCACCUAAUAGAUACUCGGUCGGUGAGGAAAGGCUAGUGAUGCCUUCAUGGAGCAAUGAAUCAACUGGGGGCUCUUUGGGUGGUUCUUCUGACGGUUGGUCUAUGCAUGCCUCUUCUGAACUCAUGGCUACAUCUCGUAGGGAAAGGUGGUCUUUUGAUAAUGAGACAUGGGGUUUUCAUCAUGAGAAGAUAAGCAAAUCCAGUGGCCAAACCUCAGCAUCCCCCUCUGUUGAUCUGCAAACAUGUGGUGUUUGCUCAAAGCUGUUAUCUGAAAAAUCUUUGUGGAGCAGUCAGAAGAUUAUUAUUAGCAAUGAGCUUUCUGUUGUUGCUGUUCUAACUUGUGGGCAUGUUUACCAUGCUGAAUGUUUGGAAAAUAUGACCCCUGAAAUUGACAAGUAUGACCCUGCUUGCCCAAUAUGUAGUUUGAGAGAGAAGAAGGCACAUAAAUUAUCUGAGAAAACAUUUAAAGCAGAAAUGGAUUUUAAGGCUAAAAUCAACAAAAGAUCAAGGAGCCGGGUUGUUGAUAGUGAUAUGGACGGUGAUCCUGUCGUAUUUAAUCAUCUGAAAAGUUGUGGACAUGAAGGGAAGGCCUCCAGUUCAAGCUUGAAAAAUUCCUUAGGCAGGCCUUUCCUGCGGAAACACUUUUCUUUUGGAUCAAAGAGCUGUAAUUCCCCUUCAGAGAAUUACUCUACCAGGAAAAAAGGAUUUUUCUGGACCAAAUCUAGCAAGAUGUGAACUUCGGGUCUGCUGUUAGGAGAUUCUGGUUUUGUUCUGCUCUGCUAUCCUGUUGGAUAGGGAUUCCACAUGAUGUGCAGGAUGUCAAUCUUGAAUUCUUGACAUCACUCUGAAGUUCUGACACGAUUUUCUUGUGGGACUCACACUGUAAAGAAGAAGAUGGAAAUUAUAGGUGAAAGAAUAGCUCAUCAUGAAGAAAAGUUUAAAAGAACGAAAAAUAUAUAACAUAACAUUGGUGAUCUUAUUCUUAUUGUGUACUGAUUGAUCUGUUUCUUGCUUGGAUUCAUACACGAAUUGAUUCAUAUGAAAUUCUGUAUGGCUAAUUGAUUCUGGAUCUUCCCAGAAGGCAACUAUCUUUGUCUUUAGGGCUUUUAGUAUAUUUAUCCAUUUCAUUCAA